UUCGAGAGGAACGAUCCAGUGAGCGGCAGGAUCACAGAGAGACAGUUCGGCGGUAUGCUGCUGGCCUACAGCGGCGUCCAGUCCCGUAAACUCAAGCAGAUGCAGAAGGGCUUGAAGAAGAUGUUCAAGGAUGCGCAGGGCAUUUCGUUUGAGGAGGUGGAGAACUUCUUCACUUUCCUGAAGAACGUGAACGACGUGGACACAGCGCUGAGUUUCUACCACAUGGCCGGAGCCUCCAUAGAUAAAGUGACCAUGAAGCAGGUGGCGCGCACCGUGGCCAAAGUGGAGCUGUCUGAUCACGUGUGUGACGUUGUGUUCGCUCUGUUCGACUGUGACGGGAACGGCGAGCUCAGCAACAAGGAGUUCAUCGCCAUCAUGAAGCAGCGUCUGAUGCGUGGGCUGGAGAAACCCAAAGACAUGGGCUUCACUCGUCUGAUCCGCGCCAUGUGGAAGUGCGCUCAGGACACCGCCUGGGACUUUGCCGCGCCAAAGACGCAAUAGAGACGGGAGACGGGGCGUGGUGCUCGCAUCAUGGCGGGCUCCCUGACUAAAGACUUCAGAACUCUGCAGCUCUGCGGGGCGACCUCCAUCAUUAACGCAUGUCGCUGUAGACAAAGCUCUCAUUAUAGUGACUGAAGCAUGCUGACUCUAACCUGCCUGAGUGAAGCAUCAUGGGUAAUUGUAUAUUCUUAAGUAAACAAAGUCUAUUAGUUUUUUUUUGUUCUGUGGAGGAAUGCAGCUUGAGCAGGAGACGCUGUGAGCCUUUUGUUUUUAAACACUAAAAAACUGCAUUGAAGAGUUUAA